AUGAGUGUCUCUGUGCUGAGUCCCACCAGAGCCCUGGGCGGGGUCUCUGGGCUCCUGCAGGUGGUCUCCCUGCUCGGCCUGGUUCUGCUUUUGCUCAAGGUGGCACAGCUCUACCUGCACAGACAGUGGCUGCUCAAAGCCCUUCAUCAGUUCCCAUCUCCUCCUUCCCACUGGUUCUACGGACACAAGAAAGAGUUCCAACAGGAGAGUGAGCUGCCACUGCUACUGAAAAGGGUAGAGAAAUACCCAAAGGCCUGUGCUCGCUGGCUGUGGGGCACAAGUGCCUUAGUAUCGGUCUACGACCCUGACUACAUGAAGAUGGUCCUGGGGAGAUCAGACCCAAAGCCUCAAAGAACCUACAAAUACUUGAAUUCCUGGAUUGGGACAGGUUUGCUGCUGUUGGAGGGGCAAAAAUGGUUCCAGCACCGGCGGAUGCUGACCCCAGCCUUCCACUAUGACAUCCUGAAGGCCUACGUGGGACUCAUGGCCAACUCUGUCCGAGUGAUGCUGGACAAGUGGGAGGAGCUUGUCAGCCAGGACUCACACCUGGAGAUCUUUGGACAUGUCUCCUUGAUGACCCUGGACACCAUCAUGAAGUGUGCCUUCAGUCACCAGGGCAGCGUCCAGACGGACAGGAACUCCCAGUCCUACAUCCAGGCCAUCAGGGAUCUCAGUCAUCUGAUUUUUUCCCGACUGCGGAAUGCUUUCCACCAGAACGACCUCAUCUACAGGCUGACGCCUGAAGGCUGCCGGAACCACCGGGCCUGCCAGAUCGCACAUCAACACACAGAUGCAGUGAUCAAGGAGAGGAAGUCUCACCUGCAGAAGGAGGGAGAGCUGGAGAAGGAGAGGAGAAGGAGGACCUUGGACUUCCUAGACAUCCUCCUCUUUGCCAGAAUGGAGAAUGGAAGCAGCUUGUCUGACAAGGACCUCCGUGCAGAAGUGGACACAUUCAUGUUUGAGGGCCAUGACACCACAGCCAGUGGCAUCUCCUGGAUCCUGUAUGCUCUAGCCUCCCACCCUGAGCAUCAGCAGAGAUGCAGGGAAGAGAUCCUGAGCCUCCUGGGGGAUGACACCUCCAUUACCUGGGAUCACCUGGACCAGAUGCCCUACACCACCAUGUGCAUCAAGGAGGCACUGAGACUCUAUCCACCAAUACCAGUCAUUGGCAGAGAGCUGAGCAAGCCCAUCACCUUCCCUGAUGGACGCUCCUUACCUGCAGGAAUCUUAGUCUCCCUCUCCUUUUAUGGACUUCAUCACAACCCAACCGUGUGGCCGAACCCGGAGGUGUUUGACCCAUCCCGGUUUGCACCAGGUUCUACUCGACACAGCCAUGCCUUCCUGCCCUUCUCAGGAGGGUCCAGGAACUGCAUCGGGAAGCAGUUUGCCAUGAAUGAGUUGAAGGUGGCCGUGGCCCUGAUCUUGCUUCGCUUUGAGCUGUCACCGGAUCCCUCCAGGGUCCCUGUGCCCACUCCAGUCAUGGUGCUGAGAUCCACAAAUGGGAUCCACUUGCAGCUCAGGAAACUGUCUGAUCCAGGUGGAGACAAGGACAAGCUCUGAGGGCGCCUACCCGCCAUCCUGUCUUGCUGUCACUCUCCCUGUCCUUGCCUUUUUGCCCAUUUCCUGCUUCUGUCUGCCCCCUACCAGCUUGCCUCAUCUUCUGCCUCCUGCCCAGCAGCAGACUUUCUGCCCUUCUCCUCUAACCUUUCUCCAGGCUCCCUAUCUGCUGUCUCUCCAUCUGUCUCUGACCCCCUGCAUCUCUCACUGUCCACAGGAAUCCUGAUCACCCGACACCCUCCAGUCUGUCUGUUAUCUCCUGUGUUUCUCUCCUGCCUGCCUGUCUGACCCUGCAUUCACAUAUAUUUGCUUCUAAAAUAAUUUGCCAUUGGCUUAGGGACUUGGGGCUUCUCUGAUGGCUCACAGGGUAUAGAACCCACCUGGUACCCAGGAGCCACCAGAGACUCAAGUUCAAUAUCUGGGU